AUACAAUUCAGAUCAUUAAGCGGAAAUCAAUAAUUUUAAAUUAUUACCCCAAAUUAUUCAAAUACAAAUUAACAAAAUAAAAGGGAGCAAUUUCCCAAUAUAAAUUGAUGUAUCUUUUUUUAGAUUCUGAGUUGUAUAUAUUCAAUAUAUUCGGUUUGACUUUGAUGUAAGGAGAAGGCUAAGAUGGUUUGAGGCUGCUGCCUACUCCAAUAAAUUUUAUUGAGUAAAUUAUUGCUUAGCUUAAACUAAAAAAAUAUCAACAAUUCAAUGCAAAUUUAAAAUCAGGAACAUACUGCCCACAGGUAGGCAGACUGCAGGACAUUUAAAUCUAUUUUAAUAGGCAUCCAGGAAGUAAAUUACAAAUCUCGCCAACUCUCCUUUUAAUCAUUAUUGGGUUUCCAAAGUCUGUUGUGUGAAUUUCCUUCCACUACAUCAGAAAAUAUCUUUAGAAGAUGGCAUCAUCAAAAUUCAGUGCACCACCAACAGCCCAGCACUACUUGGAGUGUGGCACUGAAGACUGUGAGAAGAACUGUUUGUUUUACUGCAAUCCUUGUCACCGACCAAUGUGUGAACAAUGCAGAGAUGAACAUCAGAGGAGUCCAGAUAGCAAGAACCAUGAAGUGGUCCCUUACCGACAACGCAAAAGACAACUUCCUGAAUUUAAAUGCCUAAUCCAUUUAAACAAAGACGUAGACAUGCUUUGUGAGCAAUGUCAUGUUCCGGUAUGUUCAAAAUGUGCAACCAAAGAUCAUGGCGGACAUACAUUUAUAGAUUUAGAGACAGUUUAUGCAGAAAAAUGUGCUAUUUGUCUAGAUGAAAUCAAAAAAAUUGAAGAGUACUUCCUCCCAACUUCACAGGAUUUACUCAAAUCUUUUAAGAAAGAUUCUACAGAAAUAAAGAAGAUCAUGGACGACAUAAGAGCAUCAAUGAAGGCUGAAGCUGAAUCUCUGAAGAGAAUGGUUCACUCAGUCACGUUACAAAAAAUAAAACAAGUCGACGAAAUAGAAGAGUCACUCCAAGAACUGUUAAAAUCCCAAGACAUAAAGUACAAUGGCUACAUUUCUUAUCUCCAUGAGCUUGUUAAUAAGUUCCAUGGCUACCUUUCUUCUAAAGAUAUCAAAACCCUUAUGAGUGAAAUUAUAAAAAAUCUAAAAAUAGACCCCAUUCCAGAGACGGUCAAACCAGUCCCUCCAGUAUUUACUGCAGGUCAAUACAGCAAGGAGGAUGUCACCAAACUACUUGGUAGAGUAACUUCUCCUGCCACUAAACCAGAGAACAGAAAAAUAAAACCCAUGGAGACUCCCUCUACACAAUUGAAACCUCGAUGGAAACAGAGUAAACAAGACAGAGAGAAAUCUGACACAAAACCAACACUGUCUCUAUCUUCCUCUGUCACCAUGAUCAGGGAGUACACAUUACCAGGUGUUGGUAAUGUAUGCCAUAUAUCACUAGGUAAAUCAGGCAUAUUCUGGGUCAGCAAUGAUGGUGGUAUCCUUGUCCAAACAGAUCUACAUGGGAAUCUGCUUCAGAAGAUAUCAACCAAUGGUGAACAUGGCUACCACACAGUCACACAGGACGGGGAUCUGAUCUAUACAGACAGAAAGAACAAAGUCAUCAAUAGGAUAAAACAGGAUAAUACAAUCAUUGAAUUUAUUAAAACGGGAGACUGGGAACCACUCAGCAUACACUCCUCCAACAUCAACGGGGACAUACUGGUGGGGAUGAGAAAGGGUAUAGAGGCUAAAGUCACCAGAUAUAACAAGACAGGAAAAGAAAUACAGAACACACAGAGGGACAACAAAGGAAAGGAACUGUAUAGUUAUCCACACUAUAUCACAGAAAACAUAAAUGGUGAUAUCUGUACAUCAGAUUGUAAAAAACAUGCUGUAGUGGUAGUUAAUAAAUCAGGACAACACAGGUUCUCCUACACAGGUCAGGGGUUAGAGUUUUGUCCCUAUGGUAUUUGUACUGAUCUCCUCGGUCACAUCCUGGUGGGCAACGUUCCUUUCCCUAGCUUUUCCGAGCUAGUUUAUUUUUACGAACACAAUUUUUGUCUUCUGGAUCAGGAUGGCCAGUUCUUGUCUACACUACUCGCACAAAAACACUUUCCCUGUAGUUUGUGUGUGGAUGAUGAGAACAAUCUUCAUAUUGGAGAAUUUUCCAGCACCACAGUGAGAGUGUACAAGUAUCUACAGUAACUCUCUAUUAUUACCUUGAUUCUGGUACUGUACAAUAUAUCAGAUUAUUUUGAAUAUAAAUUUUUUUGUACAGUCAUGCUGAAAGUUUCCUACUGAAUAGCCAAAAGAAUUGAUAUGAAAAAAAAAUUAUAGAUACAAAUCUUUCCAUACAAAGUAUUUUAGUAUUUUUGGGGGGAUAGCAAAUCAAAUAGAAUUAAAAACAAAAAGCAACCACUCCCAUAUCUGUGUCCGUAUACUUUCAAAUGAAAUGUCUACUAAGUUAUUGAAAAUAUAGAAUUAACAUCUGAAAAUAUGGAAAAACAAAAUUUAUGGUGUUUAGAGUAAUGAAAAAGCCAAAUUGCAAAAAUUAACACACAUACAGUUAACAUACAGUUAACAUAAAUCUAUCUUUAAAGAAAAAUCUUCCUAUUGUUUAUAUUUAUCAUAAAUGUUCACAUUAUUGCUUUUCUGAAAACUGAAAAAAAAAUUCUUACAUUGAUAGCCAUUAUGGUGUUCAAAAUUUCAUUUAGUUUUGAAAUUGGCCUGUGACUUGAAUUGGGAGCAAAUAAAUGCUUUUUUAAGUACCAAUGAUUAACAAGAUUUUAAGCAUGUGUUUUACAUUGAAAGGUGAACGCAGCUAUAUAGUUUCAGUGAUAGCACAGACAUUGACAUGUUGAUAAUCAACAUUGUCUAUACACAGAUUUGAUAAUGACUGGAUAUUUUCUCCCUGAAAUUACAUGUACUAGUAUAUAGGGCAUGUACUUUUUGCAGCAGUUCGUAUUUUUUAGCCGGAUAUAGCGCAACAAUGAUGGUGUGGGAAAAACGGUACAUCAUUUUCUGGAUUUUGUGAAAAUAAAACAUCUAUUUGAGGUCAACGUUUGAAUUGUUGUGCCUUAUGCGCAGGAUAUAUUGCACAUAAUUUAAUACUUAAAUGACGUAAAAAGCAAAUACAGAGUGGAAAGUUCAAAUACACACUUUAUCAUUACAAUUCUAA